AUGGCUUCCAAGCUAGCGUGGUUGUGUGUUGGGGCGAUACUGUGCAGUCUUGCGAACCUAGCCCACACCAACCCGAUCGAAACGGUCACGGCACACAACCCGCUUUCGGUGCCGACGGUCGCAGACUCCACCACCCUGGACACGGUGCUGCCCACCAAAGGUGCCGAUGUGGCGAGUUCUACCGAAACGAGCAAGAUGUCCCGAUUUCUCGACGACUUCACGUCCGCCUUCAAACAGGGCACGGCGAAGAUGAAGGAGAGCAUCGAAAAUGCGGCCACCUCGGUGAAGGACGGUGUCCUGCAGGGGUACGAUUACGUCCGCAGCAAGCUGACCGGUACCGGCACGGAGUCAUCCACGCCGGUCACGUCGGUCGAGGAGGCAAACGCUACCGGUGCCAGCACGUCCACCGCCGCAGCACUUACCAGCUCGGCUACACCAUCAACCGAACGCACUGCAAUCAGCGGUCUGCCAGCCACCGACACCAAGAACGGGCCGUCCGUGCUCGGCGGUGUGGUCGGCGUGUCUAACGAACCGGCGCGCAUCGUACCGAACGAUGACGAGGACGACGAGCGGAUCUUCUUCAACGAUAAGGACUACACCGCGGUGAAACCGCUCGACGGCAGUGAGGACGAGCGGGACGUGACGGAGUCACCGGUCACGACGACGGUCACGGUGGACAACCGAUUCAUCAUCGCCGGCCCGUUGGCGUGCAAGAGCGGCCAGGAGGUGGUAAACGGGAAGUGUCGAAAUGUGUUCUGAGCAGCUUCAUCAGCCCUUCCAUCCG